AGCGCGUAAGGGCCAGGCUUGUUAUAAGUCAACUCGAUCCACAGCCGGUGCCCAAGACUUCCUCAUCUCCUACACCUAGGACAUCCUCGUCCACCGAUUACCCGAUCAUGUCCAUUCUACGGCCAGCAACACCCGGCUUCAUCGUCACACUCAUCGCAACUAUUCUUCUCGCGGUCGUCUCCUUCGGUGUCCCACUCCUCAAAUCCAUCUACUUCCUCAAAGCAUCUCUCGCCGUCGAGGGCAUCAGCGGAAACAUCACAUUUGGCACUCUCGGAUACUGCAUAGAAUCAUCUGCAAUCUCGACCUGCUCAAAUGCCACAGUUGGUUACGAGCUCGACAUCAACCAACUCGUAGGAAACAAUCUCCCCGUCCAGAUCCCAGAGGUGCUCGUAAAAUGGGUUACUUAUGCCCUCGUCCUCCAUAUCGUCGCUUUCGGCCUCGCAGCCGUCUCUGCCAUAUUUGGUCUCCUCGCCCACGUCCGUGAGAUGUCCAUGACCUGCUUCAGCAGCUGUAUCUCCGGCUUUGGCGCCGUCGUCGCCCUCCUCGCCUUCAUAUUCGAUCUUGUAUUUUUCUUUGUCGCCAAAUCUCGUCUCAACAGCGUCCAAGGUGGAUCCGCAUCCAUAGGCAACGCCGUCUGGCUCACUCUCGCAGCCUGGGUCCUCUUGUUCUUCAGUGGCUGCUUUUACACUGUCGGAAGAUGCUGCAUCCGGAGGCGAUCUCGCAACGACUAUGGUAACAAUGAGGGUCCCAACAAUGCCAACAAUGGCUACGGCGAGCAGCUGCGCCUUGAUGCUGUCAAAGCCGAGGCUGAUCGCAAACAACGUCAGCAACAGGCAGAGAAGGGUCUCCCUGCGUUCCAAGAAUACGAUCCGGCUCAGCCGCUCAAGCGUGCCUCUGCUGAGGAUAUGUACCUCGAGGAAGAGGACUCCGUUCCGUAUCGCGACAACCAAAGCGCAACUACCGCUGGCGCCGCCGGGGUAGGCGCAGCUGGCCGUCGUCAGAGCCAGUCAGGCUAUGCCGGAGGUGGAUAUCUGCAAGCGCCUGCUGGAACUCGCGCUGUCGACGAGUAUAACAACACAUCGUACCCCCCUCGGCCCUCUCGACAGGCAAGCUCACACACUCAGCACACACAAAGCGCUUCAAGCUACUAUGCUACCCCGGCACCUCCCGCAGGCCCGUAUGGAGCGCCCGGAUCGCGUCCAAUCACGGCAUAUAGUACAACACCCAGCAACUAUCCUCAGGUUGACCCGUAUGCUGCGCCUUACGGGCAUGCUCAGGCAGGCUCCUCAGCAUUCAGCGCACCCCCUCCGCAGCCCACAUCGUAUGCAAUAUACGAUCCUUACGGCACCCGCAGUCCUCCUCCCCAGCAGCAGCACUACCAGGAGCCCUCAUUUAACCCAGACACCUACAACACAACCGCCGCGAUGGCCUCGCCUCCGCCCCAGCAGCGCAACUCGUAUGCAGACCCGUACGGCGUGCAAAACCACCAGCAACAGCCGGAUCGCGGCUACACCGUCGGCGGGUCCGGCUACGGCGGCAACACCGUGCCGCCGCUGAACGAGUACGCUCAGCACCCGCAGUCCCCCCAGCAGGACAACUCGUACUUCCCGCAACGCUACGCUUCACCACCGGCACAGGUAGCGUCGCCGCCUGGGCUGCACACGGCGGACCUUGGCGUCGCACCGCCAUCUAACUUUAGUCCUACGAAGCCCAGGGGCCCACGGACGAGCAUAAUCGCAUCGUCUUCGUCGCCGUCUCACGAUGACGACCUUCCGCCCGAUUACGCGUCGGGCCCCGUUCAUCCUCCGGGCGAGUGGGCGUCGAAAGGCGGCGGGUUCCAUUAAGCCUUUACUAAUAUCUUGUUAUUCACUUAGUUACCACUUACCCGUCGUACUCUGUUUAUGCACCGGACAAUCUAGCUAUUUUACUGAUCGGACAGUCGUAUAGCACUGCAUCUCAUGGCGUUGUGUAUAUAUUGAUUUGUUUUCUUAUACCCUUGUAUGGGAAAAGACAUAAUGGUAGUCGUUUUUGACGCCAAAC